GUCGAGUCCAGUCAAGGGGUAUCCGGAACCUUUGCAUUGACUAACUUGUUCUGCCGAGGAGAAAAGAGUGGAGGCCUAUAUUUGGCACAAUGUUUGGAUUCAACUCAUUUGCCUCAUUUCAUCACCAGUUCAAGACACAAUACAAAUGUUUUUCUGUGUCUAUGCUGUCUGGGACAUACAGAGAAGAUGUAGAAAGAGGAGGAAAAAUUAUAAUGCCACCGUCUGCCCUUGACACUUUAUCACGGCUUCACAUUGAAUACCCAAUGUUAUUCAAGCUCACAAACAAGAAAGCAAACAGGACAACACAUUGUGGAGUCUUAGAGUUUGUAGCAGACGAAGGCAAAGUAUAUCUCCCAUACUGGAUGAUGCAGAACUUAUUACUUGAUGAGGGUGAUUUAUUGAACAUCCAAGUAGAAGCCAAUGGUUUGCCUGUUGCAACGUAUUCAAAAUUUCAACCUCAGUCAGUCGACUUCCUUGACAUAUCAAAUCCCAAGGCAGUUCUGGAGAACAUCUUACGAGGAUUUGCUUGUCUGACCAAAGGUGAUAUGGUGGCUAUCAAAUAUAAUGAUAAGAUCUAUGAGCUAGAAGUUCUUGAAACUAAACCCAGUGAUGCUGUUUCGAUCAUUGAAUGUGAUAUGAGUGUUGAGUUUGCACAACCAGUUGAUUAUGUUGAACCUCAAAUACCAAAAGCAAAGGAACACCAACAAGAGGAAAUGCAAGUAGACAACACAGAUUAUUCACAGUACAUUGAUGCAAGCAAAUUCAGGGCAUUCCAAGGAGAAGGUCACAGGUUAGAUGGCAAGAAGAAGAAUGUAGAAUACAAACCUGUCAUUCCUCCUGAAGAUAUCCCACAGAGAGGCAUCCCAAACUAUGAUUACAAGAAAGGCACACUGACGUUCAUCAGGAGAAUACGACCUUCUGCCGCUAGCAAUGGGGUAGGCACAGAUGAACCAGACUCAUUUGAGGCUUUCAAGGGGGAUGGGAAGAAGCUUCGCACAAAAACAAGAACAAAAUAGAGACAAAACACCAUACCAUAGUUGUUUAUAUUUAAUAUUUUGCUUAUGUGGUGUACUCUAAGAGUAUCAGAAUGAGACAAAUACUGGUGUUCAGGGCCCCGUCUUACAAAGAGUUGCGAUUUAUCCAAUCAAUCACAACUAUGGACAGCCAGCAACAUCAACAUCUAUUAUUCAUGUUUGUUCAAAAUAUUUUCUAGCUAUAAUGUAUAUUCAUGCAUUCAUCGUUUUCUUGAAAAUUCAGUGUGCUUCUCUUUUGUUACAAAAGACAUUGUGCAAAUUUCCAUAGUGGAUUUCCAUAGUGUUACAAUUGAUUGGAUCGAAUGUAACUCUUAGUAAGACAGGCCCCUGGUAUCAUGCAUGUAUCAUACUGUAAACAAAACAAUUGACCAGAGAUCUGCCCCCCAUAACACAAAGGUUAAGCGAUUGAUCGCUCAUUUGAAAGAACAAUUCUGAUUGGUUCUUCGUCAGACUACUGAGCAAAAUGCACAUGCAACGAUGGUUUGAUUGGCCAUUUCAUUUUGCGAUUAAUCGCUAACCUUUGUUUUACAGGGCCCUUGCCCCUGUAUCAUAGAUAUGCAAUUGAUUGUUCAGGGUCUUCGUACAACAAGGGGAAACCUCUAGCCUUGGCUCUUUGCUUUCAAAUGUCAUGUAAUAGAAUCCUUAUGUUACAAUGUCAUUUGAAUGGUUCCUAAUUCCAUUGAAAUAACAAUUUGACCAGGCAGGCUAGAGGCAGCCCUCCUCUUUUCUUUGAAUCUUUGUCGCCUUCAAUUCAAAAUUCACUCGUCCUUUAAAACUGCAGAUUUUAUGUGUCUCAAGAGCUAUCUUUAUAUAAAGAUUUCAAAUAUAUAUUUUCUGUGAGUCCAGGGGGCCGUUUCAUAAAGCUGUUCGUAAGUUUAGAGUGACUUUAGAAUGUAAGAAAGGUUCACCUUUUGUCCUUAAAGUCACUCUUAACUUACUAACGGCUCUAUGAAAUGCCCUCCGAGACAAUGUAACUUAAAGGGAUGCAGUUCAAAUUUGCAAUUGAUGGUAACCUUUUAUACACAGUUAACCACAGACUUAAGGUUAUUCUUCAAUGAACAAUUGAUUGUAUCUUUGAUGUUACAAGGCCCUACCCUGCUGAUCCUUGUAGGAUCAAACUUAUUGUGCAUCAACAUUUUUUUUUAUUUGGGAGUUGUUUUGUUAUCACUGACCAUGAUUUUAUUACAUCAUCAUACAUCAAUGCCCUUCAAUGCCCCUGAAGAUGUAUCAUGUCAUGUUCAGCCAGUGCUUGGUCUUAUGACUGAUUUUAAAACAGGAUUUUUCAUUUCAAUUCCUUAAAGUAUAUCUGACCCUCUUUUCACAGGAUCUUCCUAAAAAGAUUUGUAUCCACUUUCUCCACUUCAUUUGAAUACAUAAUGUUCUUCAAUCACGGAUUGAGUGUUCAUGAGGUGAAGUGAAAUGAGAAAAAGUGGCUUGUCGGGGUCAGACAUACAAUAGGUUGAUUAUUUUAUAGAAUUCUUUCCAUUUCAUUAUCCAUUUGAAUAUUAGUACCAUGUUUUGUUAAAAUAUUAUUGGAAGUGAAUCAGUAAGAAACAGUCAACAUAUUAAUCAGUAGAUAUAAUAUAACUUUACGUUUUGCUAUUAAAACAAAUCUUAUUCUAUCUGACUAAAAGGUAAAAUAUUGCUAACCAGCAAAAAUAUUUUUUAUUUCUCCUCACUUAUGGCUGUUUGUAUAGGACUUUGUUAUAUUUGUCAUCCAUGGAUUUUUUUUGUGUGUAAAGGAUAUAUGUGGGGGGGGAAGUGGUCAUAUAAUAAUGUAAAGAAACAGACAUUCUUAUUUAAUAUCGGCUAACUCAUUAUGAACUCCUGCAUGGGCAUGGCUUAUAUACAGAAUAAUUGUUUAAUUUCCUCUUUUUAUUUAUUUAGUUUAUAGUAUACUGCUUCUUUAUCAAUAAGUGUAUAUUUAUUUCUACAUCAUGAAAUUCCAGUACACUUGUAGGAGGAUUCCAGGGGGGGGGGCAGUGUUUCAGCAACAAUUGCUUCAAUAGAAAAUGUGCACAUUGAGCCAAAACCUAACUUCAAACAUAACCCUAAGUCUAAUCUUAAUUCUUAAUGAAAAAUCUUUAUAGGAAUUGAUUCAUGUCCAAUCACAUGUAUUUUUCAUAACCCUGUUGUUAUGUCAAGCCAAUAUUUCUGUAAUGCACAAGAUAUUGUCUCUGAUCUCCAGUCAUAAGGACUGCAUGGUCAGCCACCCCUCCCCCUUUCAAAACUUUUCCAGAGCCCCUGUGAUGAUAAAGAUAAGAUAAUCCAUUCUUAUUACAAUUAGUAUUGUCAAAUUAACAAUAUGAGUGCAAUGGAAUAAUAAGAAUUAACAGAAGAUCUUAACAUCUUAAUCUUUAAAGCAGUAUACUAAACCCAUAUUCUCAGAAGAUUUAUAAACUGCAGAUGAUUCAUGCCAUAUUAAUGCUGUUGUUU